AUGAGGAGUUCGCGAUACACGUGCUACUCGGACACUGGCGCCAAGGGCGUCCCUCUGUGUUUGUUGAUCAUUCUAACGGUAGACUGGUUUUUGUGGAAACCGCUGGAGGUUGCUACGAAGACGACGAACGUAGUGAUGCUACGACAUCAAUAUAUUCCCUCACCUUCGAAAGAAAAACCAGAUAAUCCGGUUCUUAUGAGUCCAUCCUCCAGAAACGGACCUCACUCCGUGACUUACAACCGUUUUUCACCAAAGGCGUUUCAGCAGAGCGGUCAGGAACGAAGCAGCGCUUGGUCGAAUCCACCGUACUCGCCUUCGGUUGUCACUGACCCGUGGUUCGAGAACGCCGUGUUCGACGGCAGCAGAACGAUGAGGAACGGCGAUGUGAAGAUGUCACCAUCUGAGAACCUCUCUUCGGUGCGCAACAGUGUUCAGUGUAAGUUGCCCGAGAGCGGACUGAUCAACAUACAGGCGGAAGGUAACUCGAAUAUCCUGCUUAUGCCUCACGUCGCCGACCAGAGCACGUCGAACCCUGGCUCAAGGAGCGACCUGGUCAGUCGUCGCAACCACGAACAGACUUGUUACGGUUUGCUGUCUCUGAUCACCGUUGGCUUUCCGGCAGGCAUCAUGGCUGUCCUUUCGUUAAUUCUCUUGAUAUUCGUGAACAAUGUUUAUGGCUCGGUCAUCAUCACGGAACGUUCCAUCAUGGUGCUUCGCGAUCUGUGCUCUUCGUUCUGUAGCGUCACGCUGGUUGGCUCGAUCUGCUCGAUCAUGUGCUGUUUCAUGGAGUGCUACUUUUGUCUGAAGCUGAUGAAGCUGAGGAAGGACGCGACGAUUCGGAUCGCCUAUUACCGCAACGAGUCGCUGUACCUAAGGUUCUUUGCCAUUGGUGGCUUCUUCGUCGGCGUAGUCAUGUUCCUGUUUGCCGUACUCAUGUAUGUCCAUCUGGUCGGCCAACGGCAAGGUUCGACUGUCGCCACGACGUCAAUAAGCGUCAUCGUGUCGGUCGGCAUACUGUUGUGUUUGUCGAUUUUCGUCCAUGGCGUCUACUCGUGGCUGUGCGGCACGCUACAAAGUACUCACGACGGAGGGAACGCUGACAAGCUCGUAUUUGACAAGAAAUACUCCACGCUGGUGUAA